AUGGUCGAAGUUUCUGCAGCCGUGCUGGAUAAGGACAAGGUGGAGGAGCACGAGUCGGUGGGGCUGGUCGGUGGCUCUCCACCUUCUGGUGGACGGGGGAGGCGUAGGCAGAGGAAGAGCGAUGGGGAGGACGAUUAUGACACCGCCGUGCCCGGGGACCUCAUUACGCGGGCGAAGAGGCGGCAGACGACAGAAGGGCCGACCCGCAGCAAGAAAAGCAUCCGGCGGAAGGAGAGGCAAAAAGCAGCGACGGGAACAAAGCCGAAACGGGGCGAUGAAGACCCCGGUGAUGCGGAGGAGGAGGAGGAUGAGGAGGAGGAUGCGGAGGGAGAGGAGGAUGAAGAGGAAGCGGAGGAGGAUGACGCGGAUGUUGGGGAGGAUGAAAAAGAUGAGAAUGAUGGCGGGGAGGACGAAGAGGAGGAGGAGGAGGAGGAGGAGGAGGAGGAGGAGGAGGAGGAGGAGGAGGAGGAGGAGGAGGAGGAGGAGGAGGCAGAGGAGGAGGAGGAGGAGGAGGAGGAGGAGGAGGAGGAGGAGGAGGAGGAGGAGGAGGAGGAGGAGGAGGAGCUGGGUGACGACGAGGAGGAGGAUGUGGAGGAGGAGGAGGAGGAGGCAGCGGAGGAGGAGGAUGAGGAGGAGGAGGAGGAGGAGGAGGAGGAGGAGGAGGAGGAGGAGGAGGAGGAGGAGGAGGAGGAGGAGGCAGAGGAGGAGGAGGAGGAGGAGGAGGAGGAGGAGGAGGAGGAGGAGGAGGAGGAGGAGGAGGAGGAGGAGCAGGGUGACGACGAGGAGGAGGAUGUGGAGGAGGAGGAGGAGGAGGCAGCGGAGGAGGAGGAGGAGGAGGAGGAGGAGGAGGAGGAGGAGGAGGAGGAGGCAGAGGAGGAGGAGGAGGAGGAGGAGGAGGAGGAGGAGGAGGAGGAGGAGGAGGAGGAGGAGGAGGAGGAGCAGGGUGACGACGAGGAGGAGGAUGUGGAGGAGGAGGAGGAGGAGGCAGCGGAGGAGGAGGAGGAGGAGGAGGAGGAGGAGGAGGAGGAGGAGGAGGAGGAUGUGGCGCCAGUGAAGGGACGGGGCGGGCCGUGA